AUGGCCACGGGUAUUCCGAUUAUCUCCACCGGCAAUCUUCAACCUGGAACUGAGGUCCCUUGGUCCACCUGUCUUUGUGGUUGUUGCUCCGACGUCGCAAAUUGUUGUAUUACAUGCUGGUGUCCGUGCAUUACUUUUGGGCAGAUCGCUGAGAUUGUUGAUAAAGGAACGGUCAGUUGUUGUGCAAGCGGCGCCGCUUACACAGCACUUGCAUGUCUCACGGGUGGUGCCUGUUUCUUCUCCUGCUUCUACCGCACCAAAUUGAGGAAGCAGUUCAGGUUGAAAGGGAGCCCUUGUUCAGACUGCCUUGUUCAUUGCUGCUGCGAGACAUGUUCUCUGUGGCAGGAGUACCGCGAGCUCACUCGCCGUGGUUUCGACAUGUCCCUGGGAUGUGAAGGAAAUAUGGCGGGACAGAAUCGUGGACUGGCGAUGGCUCCCGUGGUGGAAGGAGUCAUGCGGCGCUAG